AUGAUGUUUUUAUCAGCGGUUUAUGUUUCUAAAGCCAGUCCAACCUUUUUUCAAUUUGUGGGGACGUUUUUUCAUUCUAAAAUGAAAGUUAGCCUCCAAUCCAACCUCAAGAGGGAAAUACAAAUAUACUUUGCUCUUAGGCCAACUUCAACCUCAGAGGGGAACAUAAAUAUACCUAUUGCAAGGCGUCAAGAGGGAACACAAAUGCACAUUUUGCCCAAUGUUUCAAGAGGGAACACAAAUAAACACUUUGCUAGCCUACUAGAUGGUACAAGUGCACACUUACAUCUAGCAUUCUUGAAUG